UAGCCUGAAACUAGCCACAUCGACACCUCUACGGCCUAUCGACACAUCGACUGUCACUAAUCGAUUACUCCGCCAUUUUUGAAAAAUACUGGCAGCUAUGUGUUCGUUUUAGCGUCGCAAUCCUUAGCCUAGGCUCUAAAAACCGAAAUUGCCAAAAGUAGCCUACGUACCGGGUUUCCCCGUUGAGGACCCACGUUCCAUCGAGCUCUAGAUCAAUCCAAAAUUGUCAGUUGUCCAGGGCAAUCGCGUUGCUUCAAGUUCCUAUUUUCUUCAGCUUCUCAACGAAAAAAAAAAAGAUGUCCAGCGAGGAUCCCAGUUCCGUGGCCGUGGCCCUGCGCGUGCGCCCCAUGGUGCAAUCCGAGCUGGAUCGCGGCUGUCGGAUAGCUGUGGAGCGCUCGUCGGACGGAGCACCACAGGUCACGGUCAACCGGACCGAGGCGUACACAUACAACCAUGUCUUCGACAUUGGAGACACCCAGAAGGAGCUCUUCGAGACCUGCGUGAAGGCAAAGGUGAAGAAGCUGCUGCACGGCUACAACGUCACCAUCCUUGCGUAUGGACAAACGGGCUCUGGCAAGACCUAUACCAUGGGCACGGCCUUCAAUGGAGUACUGGAUGAUCAUGUGGGCGUCAUACCACGCGCCGUUCAUGAUAUAUUCCAGGCCAUCGAGGAAAUGCGGGAGGAAUUCCGUUUUGAGGUCACCUGUUCCUUUGUGGAGCUUUACCAGGAGCAGUUCUAUGACCUGUUCUCAUCGCAAAAACGCGAAAAGGCGACCGUAGACAUUAGGGAGGUGAAGAGCCGGGUGGUCAUGCCCGGUCUCACAGAACUGGAGGUCAAAUCCGCUCAGGAGGUGACCGAUCAUCUGAUGCGCGGCUCCUCUGGAAGGGCUGUGGCCGCCACGGCCAUGAAUGAGACAUCUUCGAGAUCUCAUGCCAUCUUCACAUUGACCCUGGUGGCCACCAAACUGGACGGCAAACAAUCGGUCACCACUUCUAGGUUCAAUCUGGUGGAUCUGGCUGGCUCAGAACGCUGCUCGAAGACCCUGGCCAGUGGGGAUCGCUUCAAGGAGGGCGUCAAUAUUAACAAGGGUCUUCUGGCCUUGGGUAAUGUGAUCAAUGCCCUGGGAUCUGGCCAGGCCGCCGGCUAUAUACCCUACCGCCAGUCCAAGCUGACACGCCUGUUGCAGGACUCGCUGGGCGGCAAUUCAAUCACCCUGAUGAUUGCCUGCGUCAGCCCGGCUGACUAUAAUGUGGCAGAGACCCUAAGCACCUUGCGCUAUGCGGAUCGGGCUUUGCAAAUCAAGAACAAACCAGUUGUGAAUCUCGAUCCGCAUGCAGCGGAGGUCAACAUGCUAAAGGACAUUAUCCAGAAGCUGCGUGUGGAACUACUGGCUGGCGGCAAGAUGACCAGCUCCAUAACCAGCGCCGUGGGAGCAGCCGGUUUGGGUCCCAUCUCCAGUGAGGAGACCUUAGCUGGAUCCAUGGCCAGUGCUGCGGAGAAUCAGCGUCUCAAGGAGCAGGUGCGCAGCCUGCUGGACAGGAAUAGGAAACUGCAGCAGGAGCUUCAUCACGCCCUGGUCGAUCUCACCGAGAAGGAAAUGCGUGCCCACAUCGCAGAGCAGGCUCACGACAAACUCCGCGGUCAUGUGUCGCAACUUAAAAGCAAACUGGAUUCGCAGAAACCAGGGGCAGCGGGAUCGGAAGCCGGAUCUGAGGAUCCAGCUGCUAACGACCAACUGCGCGAAAUCACCCAACUGGUGGGCCUAGUAGACGAUGAGUUGCAGCGCACUCAGGUGGAGCUGGAAACCCAGGGCCAGGAGACACGCCAACGGCUCAGCAGUCGCUCCCAUUCCGAAAUGGAGGAGAACGGCGGCUCGAGCGGUGGUGAUGAAGUCCACGAAAUGCUACAAUCCCACUCGGAGGAGUUUACCAACAAGCAACUGAACUUCGCUGGCGAACUGCGAAACAUCAAUCGCCAGCUGGAUCUCAAACAGGAGCUGCACGAGCGCAUCAUUCGCAACUUUAGCAGGCUGGAGGCCGAGGACGAAGAUGCCAAGUUGCGCCAGUGCAACCAGAAGAUCGAUGACCUGGAGGCGGAGCGACGAGAUCUCAUGGACCAGCUGCGUAACAUCAAGAACAAGGAUACUUCGGCAAAAAUUGCCGAGGAGCGUCGCAAGCGCCUGCAGCUCUUGGAGCAGGAGAUCUCCGACCUGCGCCGCAAGCUGGUUACCCAGGCCAACAUGCUGAAGAUGCGGGAAAAGGAGCGCGAGAAGAUUCAGAAUCUGAGUGGUGAGAUCAGGGUCAUGAAGGAAUCCAAGGUGAAGCUCAUACGCGCAAUGCGCGGCGAGUCAGAGAAGUUCCGCCAAUGGAAGAUGGUGCGCGAGAAGGAGCUUACCCAGUUGAAGAGCAAGGACCGCAAAAUGCAGUCGGAGAUUGUGCGCCAGCAGACGUUACACUCCAAGCAAAGGCAGGUUUUGAAACGCAAGUGCGAGGAGGCUUUGGCUGCCAAUAAGCGGCUAAAGGACGCCCUCGAACGGCAGGCCUCGGCGCAGGCCCAGCGUCAGAAGUACGCCAAGGAUCACGGAGGCUCCGCCGCAGGCUCCAACUCCCACGCGAAGACCGAUUGCUGGGUUGACCGUGAACUGGAGAUCAUUCUCUCGAUCAUCGAUGCUGAGCACAGUUUGGAGCAACUGAUGGAGGACCGGGCGGUGAUCAACAAUCACUAUCAUCUUCUGCAGCAGGAAAAGACAAAUGAUCCUGCCGAGGCCAAGGAGCAGGCUCGUCUGCUGGCCAAUCUCGAGGAGGAGCUGGAAAUGCGCAAUGCCCAGAUCGCCGAUCUCCAGCAGAAGGUCUGUCCCACCGAUCUGGAUAGUCGAAUUCGUUCCUUGGCCGAGGGUGUCCAAAGCAUUGGCGAAUCCCGGGCUGUAAGCAAGCAGCUCCUAAAGACAUUGGUGCAGCAACGACGCCAGCAUGCGGCCAGCUUGACUGAGCAGCGCACGGCGUUGGAUGAGCAGCGCACACAGCUCCUGGAGGCCCAACAGCAAGGGGAGGCUGUAAGCAAACGCCUGCGUUUGGUCCAAACCGAACAUGAAGAGAAAAUGCUGGCCCUACAGCGUGCCUACGAGGAAAAAGUGGCCGUUUUGAUCAGGACGGCCAACCAGAGAUCGGCUGAAAUUCAACCACCGGCGGAGCAGGAGCAGCAACGCCAGCAGAUUCUCGAAGAACUGCUUAGCAGCCGAGAGGCACUGCAGCAAGAGCUGGACAAACUUAGGGCCAAUACGAAGGCGAAAGCCAAGGUGCCAAAGGUUGAUCUCCAAGAUCUCGAUGAUAGUGUGGAGGUAGUGGAGGUCAACGAAACCAUACUACUGAGCGAUGUCAGCGACGAUCCCGACUGGGUGCCCUCAAAAUCAAGAGCCAGGAGACAUCAGUCGAACUCCAGCCGCAAUGUGACCUCUAGCCAGGAUACCAAUGCGACGACAAGCGUCAAUGGCAAUGCAUCCAUCCAGUCGCUGAAUUCCACAACCACCACUGAGGAUGGCAAGCGUUGCAAGAGCUGCAAGUGUCGGACCAAGUGUAACACCAAACGAUGCGGCUGCCUUGUGGGUAACAAUGGAUGCACCGAGAGCUGCAUUUGUAAGAGCCACUGCCUCAAUCCCAUGAAUGUCAAGGGGCAGCCACCGCUAAACGGCGAGGGUGAUGGUCAGACAGCCAUGGAGAUCAAGGAGGACCCAGGGGAGGACGACGAAGGGUCCUACAAUGCUGACGAUGAGGAACAGACCACCAAGGAGAAUCCCGUGAACUGCUCCACCCCGAAUACGCCCGUCAAAGUGGCGGUCUCGCCGAAGCGUUCGAUUCAGGAGCAUCCGAUGGCCCCACCCACGCCGCUGAGCAAUUUGAACGGUAUGGAGGACAUCAAUGGACCCAAGUUGGCAAGAAUGUCUGGACUGGCAUUUGCCACACCCAAGCGGAAGUUCUUCUGAAGUUGGAAGGAAGCGUAAUACAAACAUGGAUAUGGAUGUGGUCUAUCGGGAAACGGAACUGGAACAGGAAGCGAGGAGCAGAGAAGAGUCCGCAGAUGCCUGCCAGCACGUUUUGUAGUAGCUAGAUUAGUCUCGUUAAUAAUAUGUUAUGUUAUCGUUUAGGAAAUGCUCAAUAAGGAAUCCAUUUCAUCCAAGACUGUAUUACCCAUCCAAGUUUUAUAAUGUACCAAUAUAGUAUCCAAUAAUUUGCACUAA